AUCUGGUCUAUAUAAAAUAUUAUCUGUGUUCUAGCAGAUGUCUCUUUCGAAUGAGUGUGAAAUCAAAGACUGCUUAGAAACGCUGGUGGAAUCACAGGUUAUAGGAGAGUUAGCUAAUCUAGCGGUAAACAACGUGCUCCAAAGUUCGUGGCUAGCUACAUUUCUGUAUUUUGAAGAAUUUUCGAUUUAACCAGUGGUGUCACUUAUCUUAGGCAUCCUGGCUGAGUGUUCAAACUAGAAUGGGUCGAAAAGUAGCUGACUAGCUAGUUGUUAACCCUAGCGGCUAAAUUAUGAUGGACAAAGCUUUCCCUGCAAAAAAAGUAUUUAGCUCGCUAGAUGGCUACAAGAAGCAGUUUUGUUUUAGAAAGAUGGGUUAGUAGCGUGUGUUGUUGCUAGCUAGCAGUGGCCCUUACACCAAAGAUGGUCUCAUUAGCUUAUCUGUGUUUAUACUGUUUGUUCCAACGCGCUUCACCCAUCAUUAUCGACACCAAUUGACGAGUAUGUGCAACUGCACUGCAGUACUCACGAACUUUGGACCUGCGCAGGGCCGUUCUCAGUGUUUUGGUCUUCAAUAGCUUCAUAAACCCCGCACAUUAUUACAAUUUCUCUUUUUAAAAUGUGAUUUUAAUCAUAACCCUAAGCACACUGCUAACUGUCUACUUUGUUUUUUGUUAUUGCAUUUUUUUGCUAUUUUGUGGCUGUGGAAUCCGACUUUGUUGCUAGAAGCUAGUGGAAACCUAGCUAGUAACGUUACUUCCGUGGGACGACAGAGUUCGCAAGUACGAUAUUAUCAGAAUGCAGUUAAUUUGUUAGCAAUUCUAAUAAUAACAGGUUAUUAAGGAUGCCCAUAUGUUGAAUAUAAAACAUUCAUAUUAAGAUCUGUAUUAGCAAGUAAACAAUAUUGUAGAAUUGCUGCACUCAUUCAUAUAAUUUUUCGACGUAUAGUACUUCCGUGUAGCCAUGGCCGAUUCUGUUGCAGUAGAGGACCCGAAAUUCACAUUACAAGAGGUUCUUGACACUUUUAAGUCAUGCCUAUCUGAAAACAAAGAAGUGUUCCUCGAACAUUAUGUAGCAGGAUGGCUUGGUCUUGUAAGAUUCAUGAACAGCCUGGGGAGUGUGUUCUCCUUCAUCGCCAAGGAUGCUGUCAACAAGAUCCAAAUCCUGAUCAACCAUCUGAACGGUGAGAAUGGGGCCCACUACGUCACUGUCCAGUCUAUGGUCAAAUACGAACUGGACAACCAACUGGUGGACCUGACUAAGAGGGGCAGCUUCCCCGAGUCCGGCUGUCGCACCCUACUGAGGCUUCACCGUGCCCUGCGCUGGCUGGAGCUCUUUCUCGAACGGCUGCGCACCAGCACUGAGGAAAGCAAGACCUCUGUCAUGUGCUCUGAGGCCUAUAAUGAGUCCCUCUCCCAACACCAUGCAUGGAUCAUCCGCAAGGCUGCCGGUACAGCUUUCUGGGCUCUCCCAGGGCGUGCUACGUUCUUUGAUGUGAUGAAUGUAGGUACCCCAGAGCAGGUAGUGGCCAUGCUAGGGGAUGCCCUGCCGCUCAUCUCUGAGGUGUACCAAGUGACAGAGGACCUCUAUGCCCAGAACAAUAUAUUGGACUUGCCCUAGUAGGCAGGAAGUACUGUAGUAGUAGUUGCCUGAUGGUCCCAGAUCUGUGUGUGUCAUCUUGCCAACUCCAAUGCAAUUGUUUGUAAGAGUUGGCAAGACAGCAUAAAUAGAUCGGAGACCACCAGGCUACUGUAGGCCUCGUAGUCCAACCAGCACAUCAAUGCUGGCAAGCUGUGCUGCUCCUUAUUGUUUCUUGGUGACAAUUUCUGGUGUAUGGAGAUGGGUGUAUUACUGUAUGUACAUUAUUAUGUAAUAAGGCAGCAUUACCCAUAUAUUUAUUUCUAAUUAGAAUUGUGAAAUGGGAUUUCUAUGGCAUUCAGUGCUGUUUUUGUGUAACACAUCUCUUUGCAUUUCAGUCUCUCCUUAAUUUAUUUAAGCAUGUAUCAGUUUUUAGCGCUCAAAGUAGGUUUUGUAUUACGGGAAGAGUAUGUAUUCAUUGCAAAUGCAAUAGCAUAUUUUUAGGUUGUAUGUUGGUCUUGUCUAAUCUAAAGAUAUACAUGUCCAUAAUUGUCGCCCCACAAUGAAAUUGGGGAGGGGACGGUGGAUCUGUCUCUGUCCGUUAGUACGUUCAUUCGUCACACGUGAUAUCUCGGACCGCACUGGCCCAAUUUUGACAAAUCGACAGCAAUUUUGUGGAAUGAUGCGUCUUGCCAUAGAAAUCGGGCAUUUACAAAAUUACACUGAUUAUCCAGAUGGCGUGUGACAAAGGAACUGCAGCCCAUUGUUCAGAUGGGUUAAAUGGAAACUGAAAACCUGAGACUGACUGUCUAUAACUUUUUACGUAGUCGUAAUAUUAACCCCUGCAGAAUUAAGCAUUUCUUGAAGUAAACUGAUACACCAAGUGUACACUUUGACUCGGGAACAGGAGUGGAGAAAUAUGAUUGGUUUAGUUCAGCGUCUUGAGAGAAUGCAAAUGUGAAGUCUGUAGAGGUGCCAUCUUUAUCAGCAUCAUAAAAGCUGAUGGAUGUAUAUUUUAUGUGGUUGAAAUACUAAGUCGAAUGGAAAUCUUAUCAGAAACAUGUUGGGUUGUUUUCACAGCUUUCUAUUUCCUUACAACUGGUUAAACUGAUGUCAUUUGGACAUUCUGCCCAGUAAAUCUUUCCCAUUUUUUUUGUUCUUGCAUUUUCUCCCCGGUCCCUAAAUGUCUUUGCUCUGUGAAAGAAGCAGAGAUGACAGGGAGAACUUUACCGUUGUCAACUAAAUUCAAGCAAUCAUUCUAUCAUUUCUACAAUUCUGGUGAGCAAGGGUUUAUUUAGGGUGUGUUUGUAAAUUCACUGGCAGUGCCAGAGUGCGAUCUUAAAUUCAGAGCAUUGUCAGAUAGUCGGUUCACAAAUUCAGAGCGCUUCCCUCUCGGAGUGUUCAGAGCGCUUCCGUCUCGGAGUGUUCAGAGCGCUUCCCUCUCGGAGUGUUCAGAGUGCACACUGAAUGCUCUGGCCGAGAAGUAGGGUUGAUCCAAACAUUCUGACCUCACAACGGCACCCAAUCUAACUGGCUAAAGUUGGUUAGCUUGCUAGCUACUUCCAGACACAUGACAACACCUCACUCUGACCAUUUUACUUAGCCCUUGCAGAGCUGGUUAGGCUGUUUUCAUGUUAUCUAGAGCAUUGGUGACUAACUGUGCUGCUGGCAACAAUUUAAUUACGUUUGUUUUGCUGACGUUUACUGACACCCCUUACAAAAAAAGAUUGCCGUAUAACUGCAGUAUGUUGCAAAUACUGCGUCCAAAAUAACAUGUUUUUUAUAACUGCAGUAUAUCUGCAGUUACAGUGCAGUGUAUUGCAGUUAUUACUGCAUCCAAAAUACCACAGUCAGCUAGUUACUACGCUUUUACUGCAGUUUCAAAACUGUAAUCUUUAUUUGGAAGAGACCGAUCAUAUUCAACGGGAGUUGUGCAUUCUUAAAUUCAUCAGUUAUUCUGCACUCAGGCAUACUCAGAGUAGUGCUCUGAAAUCUUAGUAGAUAGCCAGAGUGAAUUUACCAACUCACCCUUAGUGUUCUAGGGCAACAUAUAAUGACAGAAGAGAGGUUGCAUGUAGGCCUAUCUAAAUAUAGGCAAGUUACCUAACAAAUAGCCUACCAAAAUGUCUGAAAUUAUAAGCAGGAACAUAACUAAAUUAGGCACACAAAAAAAUCCUCCACCUCUUGUCAAAAAUGUAUUCUGUGGUCUGACUGUAGCCUACAGGGCAUCUUCUAUAUUUGCUGGUUUGCGGGCCACAGAUUUUCACUUUAACACACAUAGUCAGUGGUUGCAGAUGGGUUAUUAGCAAUUGUGGGUAGGUACGUAAACAGCUGAAUAAACUUCUGAAUCGUGCACCAUUAUCAGAUACCACUGGCUGAUUUUUGAGGAAACGUGGGUGAAUGAUGAGUCUUUCCCAGUGGCGGUCAGUGCCGUUUAAGAUGAGGGAGGACAAAUGUUUUUCAUGAGCAUGGCCUUAUUUCUAUUACAGGAUAUUGGAUGACUAAUUCAUAUUCCAUUCACCUAGUUCAAUGUAACAGCGAUAGGUUUAGACUACUACAUGAUACUCAAAUUUUCCCUAUACCCAUCAUGAGGUUGCUACAACCUAGCCUAUGAAUGAAAGUUUACAACGUAGGUGCACACAGGUCGAGCGACAUAGGGUGUCAUAAUUAGUCCAACAGUUGCAAAUGAGUUUCUAUUGGACAAAUUCAGGUAUGUUUAUCCCUAUUUGCUUCCAUUUAAGAAACGUUUUUCAACAGAAUUGGCUGAAUGAAUACACCCCUGAUAAUGUGUAAACACAUCACUUUCAUAACAGCCACGUUGUAUUCCUUUUCGCAUCUCUCCUCCUCUCACCUCUUCCCUUUGUUGUGGACUUCAAUGCACAACACAUCAGCUGUAUGUGACCAGGUGGAAAAAACCUUUGUAAGCCAAACCGCUACACACAGCCUACAUCAUUGUCACCAUAUUAGCUAAAGUAAUGUCAUAGUCUGCAUAGAUAAUAGAACUAACGCGUUUGUAAACCCGGCAGGCAGUAACGCUACAGUGUACGGUCAGUGAGCAGUUACGUCAACGAGGCCCUGAUGGCAAUAAAUUAGUAAUACCAAAAGCUUACCUUACCUUACCUGGAGAAUUUUUUUUUAAAACAACUUGGAGUUCCAGUGUUAGGUUGGAAAGUCAUAGCCAGCUAGCUAACAUAGCAUCACUCUGUUUGAGCAGGGUGUUUCAGUAGGCUAAACUAGAGCCAGCUGCAUUUGCUAGCAAAGUAAGUGAUUCUGAAAGUGGGGGAAAAUAACAAUCUCUAUUUUUCUAUUGCUUCCCCUUAAUUUGAUAAACUGUUCCAACUAUUGUCUUUCUCUCUCUUUGAGUUAAUUACUCACCCCAUUGUAUACACUGCAGUGCUAGCUAGCUGUAGCUUAUGCUUUCAGUACUAGAUUAAUUCUCUGAUCCUUUGAUUGGGUGGACAACAUGUCAGUUCAUGCUGCAAGAGCUCUGAUAGGCUGGUGGAUGUCCUCUGGGAGUUGUCAUAAUUACUGUAAGUCUAUGGAAGGGGGUGAGAACCAUGAGCCUCCUAGGUUUUGUACUGAAGUCAAUGUACCCAGAGGAGCACGGAAGCUAGCUGUCCCCCGGCUACACCAUGGUACUAUCCUACAGAGUACUGUUGAGGCUACUGUAGACUUUUGCAAAAUAAUGUUUUAAUCAAUUAUUUGGUGAUGUGAUUAUAUUUAGUAUAGUUUUAUCUAAAAAUGAUAACUUUUUAAAUGUUUUACAAUUUACAUUUUUCUGAAAUUCACUGAGGAGGAUGGUCUUCCCGUUCAUCCUCUGAGGAGCCUCCUCUGGUUUUGCCUUAGAAGUCUUGUUAUUUACAAAAUUACACUGAUUGGCCCAAGGGGGGUGGAUGACAUUUACUGUUGCCUUGUUUAUUGUUUAAAAUAUGUACCACUUAAUCUUACAGUUUUUCAUUUUUUCUGUUGACUAUGAAUGAAAUGAUAAAUUAAACACAAAGUCUAGACUUUGUCUUUGUUCUA